GUUCGCUUCAAGUCUGAUUGCAGUCUGCUGAGCUUUGGCCUCAAAAGGGGAUAAAUUCAAAGAGGAUGUCGUCUUCCGAUGAGGACGCCUUCCCAGUCGACCGAGAUGCUGCUAUGGAAGCCAUCGGGAAAAUGAUCGAUGCAGAGGGCCUCGAAAAGUUAACUAGUUCAAAGAUUCGCGCGCAUCUCGCUUCAACGUUCAAUAAGGAUUUUGACGACUUUCGCAAAGAAGUAGACGAGUUGACAAGACAAACGAUUGAAAGAAGGGAGAAGACUAAGGAGUCGCCUGCUACGAAUGGUAAAGAUGCCGAAGAACAGAAAACCGUGAAACUUGAAAAACCGGCUUCCUCCGACUCUGAUAGCGAUUCUGAUGAUGUGGUUGAUGACAUGAGAGCAUCCACCAAGAAGAAGAGUAGAUCAAGGAAAAGAAAGGUCGAUGAUGUUGGCGAAGUGGAUCUUAUGACUGCAGUGAAGCAUUGUCGUCGUGCGGCUGCGGACAGAGCAAAUCAAGUCCUCAAAAAGACCGCGGAUCGUUCUAGAUCGAAGAAGAAGAAAGACAAAAACGCUCCGAAAAAGGAUAAUUCGGGAAAAUUCGGUCGCAUGACCAAACUAUGUCUGCUCAGUGAGGAAUUGCAAGGCAUUGUAGGCGCUCGCUUUAUGAAAAGAUGUGAUGUCAUCGCGAAGAUGUGGGAGUACAUCAAAACAAAUAAUCUCUUCGAUCCGAAAGAUAAGCGCUUCUUUUUUGUGGACGACAAGCUGCGAAGUGUGUUCCAAGGCAAACGUUUCAGAGCAUUUUCCAUGUCGAAGCCACUGGCUAAGCACAUCAAGGAUACUGCAGCGUUAGGAGGUGAAAUCGAGCAAGAAGCCCUUGCGGAAGAAGCACGACUCAGAGCUGAAUGGCUGGCUCGCCAAAAAGCAUCCAAUGAAAGCGGCAUCGAGUCGAGGAGCACCGAAUCGCCGCAGAUUGCCGAUUCCCCACAAAGCAACGAUUUACAUGUCGUUAGAUUCAAGUGUUUGAUCCUCACCUUAUAG